UGCCCUUCACAGAUUUGUAAUGAGCCACCACUGCUCUUGGAAAGCACAGACCGUCAGGUGGCUCUGAGCGAGCAUCUGCCACUUUCCUUGAUGGUACUCAGCGAGUCUGAGGAGCCCAAACCUGGUCAUUCCUUUAAGAUCGCACGAUGGCUGCCCAGUGCGUGACGAAGGUGGAGCUCAACAUUUCCUGUGACAACCUUCUGGAUAAAGACGUGGGGUCCAAGUCGGACCCUUUAUGUGUGCUGUUUCUGAAUACCAGCGGGCAGCAGUGGUAUGAGGUUGAGCGCACAGAAAAGAUUAAGAACUGCCUGAGUCCCAAAUUUUCCAAGACAUUUAUAAUUGACUACUACUUUGAAGUGGUUCAGAAGUUGAAAUUUGGGAUUUACGACAUUGACAACAAAACUAUCGAGCUGAGCGACGAUGACUUCUUAGGAGAAUGUGAAUGUACCCUUGGACAGGUGAGUAUGAGUCGCUGCCAUACUGUGCUCCGAGACGGUCCUCCGUGUGGCAUAGGGACCGUUACUAUUUCAGCUGAAGAAAUAAAGGAUAACCGGGUGGUCUUGUUUGAAAUGGAAGCAAGAAAACUGGAUAAUAAGGACCUAUUUGGAAAGUCAGAUCCUUACCUGGAAUUCCACAAGCAGACAUCUGACGGGAACUGGCUCAUGGUCCAUCGGACAGAGGUUAUUAAAAACAACCUGAAUCCUGUUUGGAGGCCUUUUAAAAUCUCGCUUAACUCCCUGUGCUAUGGAGAUAUGGACAAAACUAUUAAGGUAGAGUGCUAUGAUUAUGAUAAUGAUGGAUCACAUGAUCUCAUCGGAACAUUUCAAACCACCAUGACCAAACUGAAAGAAGCCUCCAGGAACUCGCCGAUUGAAUUUGAAUGCAUAAAUGAGAAAAAGAGACAAAAGAAGAAAAGCUACAAGAAUUCAGGGGUCAUCAGUGUGAAACACUGUGAGAUCACAGUGGAGUGCACAUUCCUGGACUAUAUCAUGGGAGGAUGUCAGCUGAAUUUUACUGUUGGGGUGGACUUCACCGGCUCCAAUGGAGACCCCCGGUCUCCCGACUCCCUGCAUUACAUCAGCCCCAACGGUGUGAAUGAGUACCUGACGGCCAUCUGGUCUGUGGGCCUCGUCAUUCAGGAUUAUGACGCCGAUAAGAUGUUUCCAGCUUUUGGUUUCGGCGCUCAGAUACCUCCUCAGUGGCAGGUUUCGCAUGAAUUCCCCAUGAACUUUGAUCCAUCCAACCCCUUCUGUAAUGGAAUCCAGGGCAUCGUGGAGGCGUACCGGGCCUGCCUUCCUCAGGUCAAACUCUACGGACCGACCAACUUUUCUCCCAUCAUCAAUCAUGUGGCCAGGUUUGCGGCUGCAGCCACUCAGCAGCGGACCGCUUCUCAAUAUUUCAUACUCCUCAUCAUCACCGACGGUGUGAUCACAGACCUGGAUGAGACCAGACAGGCGCUGGUCAAUGCCGCCAAACUGCCCAUGUCCGUCAUCAUCGUUGGGGUGGGGGGCGCUGACUUCGGUGCCAUGGAGUUUCUCGACUGUGACGGUGGGACUCUGCGCGCCCCGUCGGGCGAGGCGGCCAUCCGAGACAUCGUCCAGUUCGUGCCCUUCAGACAGUUCCAGAACGCUCCCAAAGAGGCGCUGGCCCAGUGCGUCCUGGCCGAGGUGCCCCAGCAGGUGGUCGGCUACUUCAACACCUACAAGCUCCUUCCACCCAACAGCGCCGCCACCAAGUGACGCCUCCGCCCCGCGCGACGCCCGUUCCGCGUGCUCCCACCCCAGCAUGUGCGGCGUAAACGCUUCUCUACGGCCUGUGUCUACUUAAAGCCUUCUUCUUGUCCUUGUUUUCGGAGGAACACGCUGUUAAUCUUUGCCCAAUCCGUUCGGUGACUGCUAGUGAUUUGUAGUAAUUGCAGUGAGGCCAUGCGCGCGGGGAAAGCCCGUUUGGUGGUGGGGAUCGUCUCCUUCCGCGGGAUGGAAACGCUGCGGGGAUGUUUGUCACAAAGCAUGAGGACUUGCUGGGAUGAUGCGAUCUCAGGUCGCUGUGCUUGGUCAGCUGCACGCAGUGUGUGUGCUACGAGCCGGUGUCAUCCUGGCGACGAGCUUCUCGAGGUACAUGGUACUGACUCUGGCCCCGCACCCCCCUCCACGGGCCACAAGCGCCCGCUCGGCCUGAGUGGUGCGGAGGCCCAGCCUCCGGGCGACUCACACCCGGGAGCGCCCGUCGGGUGCUGCGCGGGCAGCCGAUCCUGUCCGCGCCCCAGAUCCUUCAGACGCACGUGGAUGCCGGGUGCCCACACACUGCGCAGCGCCCCGGAGAUGCGUCCGCACAGAUGAGGACAGCGUGUCCUAGACCCGGCAUUGUUACUGUAAUUGGCGUUUGUUACGGUGGUUAAGGCCACUUUGUCCCGGAAGGCUAUGAGGACCAAACACUUAAGGGGGAACAGAGUCCCGUUUCCUGUUAACGAAAGACUACUUAUUAAGAACGGGCAAUUUUUAUACUUUCCUUGCUAAGGUCCCAUACAUUGAUUUGUACAUUUCUAUAGAAUCAUGUAGACAUUUUUUUCCCCUUUUUUUUAAGUAACAUUUUUAGUUUGACUUUUAAACUCAUGAUAGUGGUUCUCUAUUAAUCAAAAUCACAUUUUGCAUUUUAAUAAUGUGCUACUUCCUAAGCCCAGAAUGUACUGCAUUAAUCAUAAAGCCUGUUAUAACUUUAAAAAAAAAAAUCCGACUGCUGCAUUAAGCUAGAGUAGACUUUACAUGCUUUUUCUUAAGAGUGGAAUCCACCCCCAGCCCCCAUUUUUACCCUUUAGAACAUAUUACUCAGCAAACGUAUUAUCGGAAUGGCCUCAGUGAUAGUUUAUGGAGGACCUGUGUGCCAAGUCCUAUGCAUAUCUAUAUAUCGGGCAAUCAUCUUUAACACCUUACAGUAAAAGUGGCAUGUUCUCCCAUGUCCUCAAGUGGACGGAUGUACCUGGUGCCAUGCUGACAUGCCUUUCAGUCUGCCUGAAAACCUGCAGCACCGCUGAUGUCUCUCGUUCUCUGAAAUCAGUGUGUGGGCAAGGGACCUCCAACGGGAAUCUCAAGUAUCUUUGGUCUGAUCAGAUAGAAUGAGUGAGCUCUCGGCCAAGGUGGGGCUGAGCGGGUACCCGCCUACCUACUGUCAAGGCCGGCACUCGGCUGCUGGCCUCUGGGUAAGGGUGUGAGGUGCCCGACAGUUUUCCGUUGCUCUGGUAUGUCUCCUCAGCCACCCGGCCGUCCCAUCAGUCAGGGAGGGAAAACUGAUGGUUCUUCCAACAGCUUGGAGCCCCAGUUGCCCCGUGUCCUAAUUUCCGUUCUGCAUGUGCCUGCUGACAGCAUAUAUGUGUUGCUGUGGUUUUCAGAAGUUUCUUGUUCUAAACACACAAAGCAUUUUCAAGUGUUUGCACACGUCCUCGGUGCCUGGUGAGACGGGCGAGUGGAGCCCCUCGCACUCGCCGGGCCGCCUGUGUCUCUGGCUCCUCGCAGCGCCCGAGCCCCCUGCCCCCGGCGGCCCUGGGGAACACUGGUCGUGGCUGCUCGAGUUCCGGAGCCAAACAGCAGUGCUUCUGUCACCUCUGCCAGAGCGAUUUGGUCUUCACAAUUUUAUAUUCUGGUUUUUACUAGAAUUGCCCCCUUUUAAAAUUGGUUUUUUAGUAUUCAUUCUUGAUCAGGUUCACCAGUAGAUGCUGUGAUUCAUAAGAACUGUGAUUCCAGCAAAUCAGGGUAAUUGAAACCUUUCUGCAGUUUUGAGUCAGAGCAUUUACAGUUUCUAAAUUAUUUUAUAAAAAUUCGUACAAUUUCUACGUUUCAACCCAUCGCAUGUUGAUUUAAUAGUUUUGUAUUCACAUAGUCCUUCUCCCUGCUGUGCCACCAUUCAUUCAUGUGCCAUCAGGUCUUAAAAUGCAUUUAAAGGAAAAACAGCCAGGGCCGACUUUCAAGCCCCCUGUAAUCAGACACAUCACGAACACGCCUGGGGUGGCGGCGCCUGAACAGACACGCUGCUUCUCACGUGCCAGUACCCAGACGGUGGUCCCCUAACACUGUCUGUCACCCACCUGUGCUUGGAACUGAGAGGUUCGCAGCCAAAGGUCCGGUGGCCAUGCCUCCUUGCUGCUUGUGCUUCAUGUGACAUUCUCUGCCUUUUCAUUCUGCGCGUUUCCCCGAAAGCCAUCUCCAGUAAAUGUCUCCUGGUCUCUGUUUAUGCGGUUGACAGUCAUGGAAGUGACACGUAAGCGAGAAGUUUGGCUGAGACUGUGAGAAACUAUUUUGUGCUUUUUGGAUGUCGUACUUGAUAAUGAGUGUAUACAUUACAAAUAUAUGAACUGAUGUUAAAUAUAUCUUCCAUUUGAAUUCCCUUUGAUAAAGUUAUUUCUUGAUAUGUUA